AUGUCACCCAUCUUCCCCCUUUGGGACUUCUCACACUGGCACGCCGUCGACGAUAGGGUCAGAGGUGGAUCUUCCAUCUCCCAUCUGGAGCCGUACACCCUUUCUCCAUCGAUAGCUCAGUCGAUCGACGAUGAGAAAGGAAGUGGGGCUCGUUUUCACGGGACACUUGAUAUUACCACCCUUGGUGGAGCUGGCUUCGCAUCACAACGCUGCAUCUUUGGACCUUCCCCAUUGAACCUCGCACGACACAAAUAUUCUGGCAUCAUUCUGGAUGUCCUGUGCGAUCCUGCCAUUCCGACCCUUGCUUCCAAUCAUCCAUCCAACUUCACACUGGUUUUACAAACGACCAUAUCCUCCAAGGUUCCACAGAAACCUAGAACUCCUUCAGAUCCGCAGGCGGCUAGACUGGCGUACGAGGCCGAUUUCUGCAUUCCGACUGAUCUCGACUUCGACAACUACAUACAGGGGGAGACAGGUGGACAAGUCGGAUCCACGAUGGCAGCCGCUCCAUUCGGAACAGAUCUAUGA